GUGAAAGUCCGCACGGUCACUAUCACGGGAUACGGCAUGUUUCGGGCUGGGAUUUAGAAAGUUAAUCCCUGCUGCAUUAUUUUGGUUGGCUAGGCCAUCGCUCUGAGUUCAUUGACAAAAGUUGCUCUGUGACGUGAUUACGUAAGCCAUGGCGGUUUCUUUUGAAGGAGAUAUUCCUGACUUGGAAUCGUUGUAUCGGCUAGAUGGGUAUCUGAAGUCUCAUGAACAUGAAAUCAAACGACGAUACGGUUGUUUGCAGCUGCUUUUGAAAGGCAUAGAGCAAGACCAAGGCGGUCUGGAUUCAUUCACGUCAGGCUACCAGUAUUUUGGCAUCAAUAAACUCCCCAGCGGUGGUGUGGUAUGUCGACAGUGGGCACCGGCGGCGCAGGCCGUUUAUCUGAGAGGAGAUUUUAAUGAGUGGCGAAGUUGUGAGCACGCUUUCCGGAAUAUUGGAUUUGGAAAGUGGGAGUUUACUCUACCACCAAAAGACGACGGGUCCUGCCCAAUCGCACACAACUCAAUUGUAAAGUUGCAGAUUCAGACUCAGUCGGGGGACCUGGUCGAUAGAAUCUGCCCCUGGACGAAGUACGCAGUGCAGUGUCAAGACACCAUGCUGUUUGAUAGCGUGUGGUGGGAUCCCCCUCAGCCAUACCAAUUCAAGUACCCUACUCCCAAAGUGUCUGGACUCCAAAUCUACGAGGCUCACGUCGGGAUUGCUUCGUGGAAGGGGGAGGUGUCAAGCUAUGAUAACUUCACGGACAAUGUGUUGCCACGGAUACAAAAGCAAGGUUACAAUGCGGUUCAACUGAUGGCUAUCAUGGAGCAUGCCUUUUAUGCCAGCUUUGGAUACCAAGUAACAAGCUUCUAUGCAGCCUCCAGUCGCUAUGGAAACCCUGAUGCCCUCAAGAGGCUGGUUGACGAGGCACAUCGACGCGGACUCGUAGUGUUCCUGGAUGUCGUCCACAGUCACGCAGCUAAGAACGUCCUGGAUGGUCUCAACCAAUUUGACGGCUCCAACUCCUGUUUCUUCCAUGAGGGACACCGCGGCGAGCACAUGUUGUGGGAUAGCCGACUAUUCAAUUACAGCAGUUGGGAGGUGCUUCGUUUCCUCCUGUCCAACUUGAGGUGGUGGGUGGAGGAAUACCACUUUGACGGUUUCCGAUUUGACGGAGUCACAUCCAUGAUUUAUCAUCACCACGGCAUAGGAGCGGGAUUCAGCGGUGGAUAUCAUGAAUACUUUGGCCUAUCAACAGACACGGAAGCUCUGACUUACCUGACGUUAGCCAAUCACAUGUUACAUACCUUUUACCCAGACAUCGUCACCAUCGCAGAGGACGUUUCUGGGAUGCCUGCCUUGUGUCGGCCCGUCAGCGAAGGGGGUAAUGGCUUUGACUACCGGCUGGCUAUGGCUAUUCCUGACAAGUGGAUUAAGUUACUGAAGGAGCAGAAAGACGAGGAUUGGAACGUGGGCGACAUUGUGUGGACCUUGAUCAACCGUCGCCAUGGGGAGAAGACAGUGGCUUAUGCAGAGAGCCAUGACCAGGCCCUGGUGGGCGACAAGACCUUGGCUUUCUGGCUGAUGGACAAGGAGAUGUACACCCACAUGUCCAAGCUAACACCGCUGACCAUGAUCAUUGACCGUGGCAUCGCGCUGCAUAAGAUGAUCCGCCUCAUCACCCAUGCACUAGGCGGAGAAGCCUGGCUCAAUUUCAUCGGAAAUGAGUUUGGUCACCCGGAAUGGCUAGAUUUCCCACGCCCGGGGAAUAACAAUAGUUAUCAUUAUGCCCGGAGGCAGUGGAACACCGUUGAUGACACCAACCUACGCUACGAACACCUGAACAACUUUGACCGAGCCAUGAAUGAAUUACAACUGAAGAAGCAGUGGUUAGAAAGUCCCCAGGCCUACGUGAGCUGCAAACAUGAAGGGGACAAGUUGAUCGUCUUUGAGAGAGUGGGUCUGGUAUUUAUCUUCAACUUCCAUGUGUCUUCCAGCUUCACGGACUAUCGCAUCGGCACUAAUGUACAUGGAGAGUACAAGAUUGAGUUAGACUCCGACGCGGCGGAGUUUGGGGGUCAUUGUAGACUGGACCACAGCACCCGGUACUUCUCCUCGCCCGUCCCAUGGCAUGACAGGCAGCAUUCCUUGCAGGUGUAUAUACCAAGUCGUGUUGCCUUGGUUCUUGGUCUUGUAGAUGACACGGCUACGUCCUGAUGACACAGCUCGUGUAGCAUUGCCAUCAUAGACAGUACAAUUCCAGCGCUAUAGCAACAUGAUGAAAUCUGGCCGUUAUCUGCCGUCAUUUAAAAUAUGAUCCUUGGAUUUUCAUUUAAUGUGAUUUUAAAGUCAAAAAAGUCAUGGAAAGUUGCACAAAUUUAUCAAGCACAAGCUAGAUUUAUGCUGGUUAUUAUAUUUAAAUUAUUAUGAAUGUUGCUGCAACCUGCAGAUUGGACCUGACAUUUCCAGGUUUACAUCAGUCAGUCAGUAUGUUAGACGUUUAAAACUCCAACAGAAAGUGGAGCCUUCCAGUUGUCCAGAGAAAUGUAAAAAUAUAAACAGAUAAUAAAAAUUGCAAAUAUAUGUGAAGCCAAUGAAAAUUUUAAAGAAUGAACCAACAGAAGCAUAUAGGGUAUGGAUUAAGGCAGAGAUUAACUUUUGCCUGAAGUGAGAGACAUGUUUGGGUAGUACAUGGAAUUGACGCCCAAGUGAUUAUAUUUGUUGCGUGACUGUAGCAAGUCCAAAAAUGACUGUGUUGGAUCAUUGAAUAUUGCACAUAUUUUCAAACAAUUUUCUCCAACACUGACACCAUGGUAAGUGAUUGUUGAAAAGCUGUGGAUGAUAAUAUAGACGGAAAUAAGGCUCAGAAGAUGAAGAACCAAUUGCAACAAAGUGUGUACUUUGAUAAAGAAACCAACAGAAAAAAAACGGGUAGUUAACCUUUCAAAAGUGUUUUGUGGCAGCAUUGUUGUGUAAUAAUGAAUCCAAUCUUACUGUAGAUGGGAAACAAAUCGCCAAGGAGGCUUUCGACAAAAGAUGGAAUAGCGUUUCAGUAUUGAAACAAUAGCUUGAGGUGUCUGAGUGAAAUAAGUGAAAACGUUUGGCAUAUGAGGGCAAAAUGUGAAGUCAUUAUCUCAGGUACUAUGGACGUAACCAACGUACUAUCCUUGACGUGUUGGAGUUGACAAAGUGGAGAUGUGUAGAAGUUACUCAUAACUACUGCCCUGGUGUUACGCUGUGUUGAUUGAUAACUUGGUGCAAAUGUGGGGUAUCGUCCAUUAUUCCGAGGGGCAGUGUCCAUCAGUCCAAUAGUACUACAAAUAGCAUGCUAUUACACUUUUAUAUUUAACAGUGUCAAAGAGAGGAAUGCUUUCAAGAAGGCAACACGGUAUUUUUAAUUGAAUUUAAAUCAUUUUACUUUUUAAAAUUGAAAGAGCUUGAUUCACAAAAAAAAAGAAUCUGAAUAUUGACGAGUUAAUUAUUUUUGAGAAUUCAAGUUUGUACCUUAAAAUGGACAUCCAUUAAAGACGCCACAUACAAACUUGUUUUUGUGUGGCAGGGUUGUGACAAGAUUUUGGAAGGCUUAGAAAGUUAUUUUAAGGUAACAGGUUUUCCAAAAUUAUUUAGAGAAAAUAAUUUCUGAAAAAAUGUCGUCAGUCUUUGUGGGUGACGGGCUACAGUACAGGCAUGUAGCUUAUGUAUGGAUGUUCUACAAUAAAAGAAAGACAAUAAUGCAGACUUGCAGAGA